AUGAAAGAAAUUUAAUUGAAGGAUUAAGAAAUUAAUGAUAGUAUUUAUAAAUUAGAUUAAUAAAUAAUAUUGAUAGAAUAGAAAAUUGAUAAUUGUAUAACAAUACUUAGUAAAAUGGAAUAGAACAAUAUUGAAGAGUAAUUAAUUAAAAAUAUUGAGAUUAACAUAAACAGAUACUUUGAGUAAUUAGAUUAUAGAUUUGACAAAUGAGAUUUAAGCAGAAAAGGAAGGUUUGUUUUAUGUUCAAAAGAAAUUUAGAUUUGAAAUUUAGAUUAUGAAUAAUUAAUUAAAAUAACUAGAUAAAUGA